AUGGCCGUUAAAGCAAUCACCGAUGAAGCUCACUUCCAAACCGAACUAGCCGCAGCAGGAGGAAAAUUGGUCGUUGUGGAUUUUACCGUGGCUUGGUGUGGACCGUGCCGAAGCAUAUCGCAUUUGUUCGAUCAGCUUCCGGCGAUAUAUCCAAAGGCAGUGUUUCUCAAGGCGGACGUCGACAGAUGUACCGAAACGGCGCCGUCCCAGGGCAUGUCGACCAUGACAAUGUUUAUUUUCUACCGAGUCAGAACAAAGAUUGACAGGAUGCAGGGUGCAGACAUUAAUGUACUUGAAGCCAAAAUACAGAAACAUUAA